AUAUAAUUGUAGAGCCAGAAGAGGGAUUGAUCGAAAAGAAUAUUCAUUGCUCGAUUAUUUUGUGUUUUAUACAUGUAAAAAUGUCUAACAACCUUUUUUACGUUAUUUUUUGCUGAUAAAUAUCUAGAAAGUCGAACAGUCAACCAUGAACAAAAAGGCAACGGAUCAGACGAAUGAUGAUGCUCAAUACUUCAAUCAGAAUAAAAACCAAAAAUUCGAUUUACCAGCCUUGCUUGCCUCAGGAAAAUACUUCAUCGACGAGCUAGGCUUUCUUGUCGGCCCGAAUGGUACACGUUAUCGUAUCCCAUCAGGUCCACCAGAAGGUCGUAAACCUUUACGACUUGAUAAACCUAAACAGCUAUCAAAAGUCAACUUGAAUUAUUCAACCCCACCAUUCAACAAGUCACAUCGAACUGCACAUAUUGAAUUACAGGAUACAAAUAAACUCACUGGUCUGAGUAGAACCUUUCUGAACAGAGAGAAUGUCAGUCUGUAUAUACCACCAUUUCUGUCAAAAGAUAAUGAAUUCAUAAAAGCUGAGUACACGAGUACACGGACAACUAUAACCAAUGGUUCCUCACUGCUGAACUCAAUCAAUCCAAAUGGUUUUCGUUCAGAUAUACUCCACUCUCUCGACUGGAAUGUCAUCCUGCUGACACUGAUUAUUAGUUCUAUCUCUCUAGUGUUGAAUACAAUCCUUAUUGUAUUUCUCUCCUGGCGAUUAAGUCAUCAUAAGAAAUGGAGAUGCCGGCGAGAGAAAUACUCAGAUAUUGUGAGUUAUAGCAGUGAAGAAGGUAGUCAAAAUGUUUGUAGAUGUGAACAGCCAUCAUGUAAGUGUAAAGGCGAUAAGUAUACUCAUUUUGCGUCAAACCAUAUAGCAGAUUUCAAGUGUAAAUAUAAUCCGACUGAGGCAGGUGAUUACCCCUGUGCAAAUGAUCCAAUCAAGUCGAAACCACGUAGACUGUCACAUUUUUGGUAUAGUAACACAAAUCAAUCAUCAGAAUUCCAGCCACAAAUAUACCAUAAUAAUGGAAGACAUAUCAAGCAUGUGAGUUUACAAAAAACCGAUAAAGUAGUGAUGAUUAAUCAACAACAUCUUCAUGUUCCUAACAAUUUUGCCAAGACAUCAUGGGCAUUUCAUCAUCACCAUCCUCAUCCUCAUCACCACCAGCAUCAGCAUCCUCAUGAACCAGUAUUUUGUAAAGCCCAUGAACACUUAGAUGUGAGUUCAAUGAAUGAUGGUAGUUGGCAAAUGGUUGCUAGCGAUGGUGUGAUUACUGAUGAUACAAGUGAAGAGAAUAGAGAUGGUUCGUUGGAUUCAAAAACUAACUCUGAUAUACUAUUUUCACCAAGCAUUAAGCCUAAGAAACGCAGCAAACUAUUGCGUAACAGGAAUAGCAAGAAUAAAAAGACGAAGAAGAAAAAGGGGAAGCGGAAAAAAUUACAAAGACGAUGUUUAGAUGAGACAUUGAGUGAAUCGAGUAUGAAUAAUCUUCAUUCUUCUAUUCAUCCCCCUGAUACAUAUGCAAAUAAACAAAGUAAAAUGUCAAUGUUGAAUAAAACGUCCAGCAUAAAUGACCACUUCCCAUAUUCAAACCCUCACACAACGCAUAUUUCAUCCGAUUAUAAGCUAAGAAUCCUACGAGAUUCACUCACCAAAUACAAUCUUAAUGUUUAUGUAUGUCAUACGCUCGGAAUACAUCUUGGCAUACUUGGCGCUUUGUUAUCAUUACUACAACUCACAGCAAUCUGUAUUGCAUUGGUCAGUCGAAGUACACUAUUGAACAAAACACAAGAAUUAUACCAUAUUUCAACGACAAGUGAAUUUAUAUGCCUUAUUACUAGUUCAUUAGCGUCCGAUGCUAUUCUGUGUGCACGGCUUUAUCUGCUCGUGGCUUUUACAGUUAGUUCAUUAACUGUUCUGUAUAUAAAAACUAUUUUCAAAUUUGUACUCAAGAUAACACGAUUGAAAGAUAUUCAAUCACAUAAGCUUUAUUUGUUUAAGCAUAUUAUACCGGGCUACAGUAAGAAAACUAUGGCAUUCCCUGAGGGUGGUCAUCAUCAACGUCAUCCGCCUAGUCAUAGGCAUCAUCAUCAUCAUCAUCAAGGCUUCGCUUAUAUCGCUUUGAUGCAUUCACUACCAUGGGCUCUGGCGGCUGGUACAGCCCUACUUAUCGCCUUCUCUUUCUAUCCAAGUAAUCAUAACUCUGAGGUACCUGAGUCAGCGAUAAAUGCAACAACUCAGAUAUUGGUGGACAGUGUUAAGUCAUCUGUUAACAUUCUCUUUGAUGGACUUGAUUCAUUGUUCACCUGUUCAGUAAGAUCACCUCGUGAGUCAAUACAAUACAAUACAAUGUAUCCACCUGUAUCCCAAUCAAAAGUGGUAAAAAUUCCCUAUGUUUGGAUUCCAUCAUUUCUCUUGAUUAUUCUACCUUUAAUUCUACAAACUUUAAUCAUUUUAUCCUUUAUUAUGCUUGUAUUUAUUUCUCGUUAUAAACGCUCUACUGGUAGACAUCAGUUGAAAAUAUCCAGUAAAAUAAUGCUAGUCAUUUUAACGAUAUUACUUAUUGAAAUUAUCAGCCUAUGUACACCAAUCUUGUAUAACAUGUUAAUUUCUGUCUAUCCAGAAGAGAGAUUAAGGCUAAUUUUAGUUUCUCGAGUGAUUAUGCUCCAUCUGUUGGCUGACCCACUACUAAUGAUUUGUUUAGUUGAAAAUUAUUUGAAAGAGGACAGUAUACAUGAGUACGCUGGCAAAGAGGAAACACCCACCUGUGAAUCAUUAGUCAAUAUGCGAUCUUGCUCAAAUAAUAAUAAUAAUAAUGAUGAUGAUCAACUACCCGGAGAUCCGCUAGACUUUACUGAUGAUAGAGAAAUGAAAGUUAUCGAAAAUAAAGAUACUUUACGACUACAGAAUAAGUCGAUGGCCUCCCCGAUUCGAUUAUUCAGUUGUUUCCCUGUGAAUCCCUAUUCAUUUUCGCAUAAUCGAACAACAAAUACUAUAGAGAAUAUACAACCACUUGUUAUGCCAUGUCUUCCUGCUUCAGGAUUUAUUGUACCAGCAAUGAGCUCUGUGUCGAAUUCAACACCAUUCAACGAUUCAAAGCAACACAACGAAAUGAAUUCCAGUGGAUUUCUGUUACCUGUUAGUGGGAAUAAUAUAGACGCCUCGAGUAAUAUGAUAGCUAACACACUGCAUAAUCUCUAUUCAGGUGGACAUGAUAUAUCAAUAGGUCAUCAUAAUUCAACCCCGCUUAGAGAUACACAACUUAUAGGCAAUUUUGCAUCUCUGUCAGACACUUCUCUGACACCAGAGAUUGAUUUCAAUCAGACGCAUCUGCCUACAUGUCGAAAUAUGAUGAAAGAUGCUUUCCCCCAACUCUGUCAACAUCAUCAACGUCUGCUAGAACAACAGUAUGAACAACCAUCGGCAACGUCGACAGUGAAGCGUAAUCGUAAUUUUGGAAGUGUUCCACGAUUUAAACAGACAACUGUGACUGAUUUUAAUGCCUUACUGAUUGGUAAGCCUACACCGGAUACAUCUCAUCGACGAGAUUCACCGUCGCCGUCACCAUCACCGGUAGACAACUCGAAACCAGAGACAGUCAAUGAAAUAUUCGCGUUUCAACAGAUGAGACAGACUACAGGACAAAGUACGGCGACAGCGGCUGUUAUGGCAGCUGCCGCAGCGGCAGUCGCUGCUCAAGCUGGUACAUUAUCCAGAGCAGUAAAUCCAACUGUUUCAUCACUGGUAACGGUGACAUCGAUCGCGACCGCGACAACAGCAACAGAUCCACUUAGCCUAACUAAUGGAACGCCACCUAGUCCAUUAUUUGUAAAUGCACAAAAGCAAGCUGAACAGAUGUUGCUCACAGAGAACUGCCGUUCAGAUGUAAAUACAGUAACGCAUUAGGUCUAAACACAUGCACAUUUCAAAGCAAGCUCAAUGUACCUAUCUACCUAUCUAUCUGUCUAUCUACCUAUUUUCGUUUUUCUUUCUUUUCAGUGUGUGAAUAAGUUCCACUUUAUGUAACCUCAUUAUUCAGAGAGAAAGUUGGAUAAGUAAUAAAACAUACCUGUAAUU